AUGUCUUCAGCGCAGUUGGCAGAGAUACAGCACAGGAUAGCGAACGUGUCAAGGCGCUUGCGAAGGAUGCAAGAGCGGACACAGCGACGUGCCCGCGUCCUCCGACUUCAAACCCUGCUGGUGUACAUCUAUUCAGGACAUCAGUCCGAUGUGGCUGCCCGUUUCUGGGUUUCUCAUACAGGAACCUCCUUGUCCUUGGGCGAGGCUGCCGCUCAUGUCGAGUGGUUGUACAUCAGUGCCAGUGUUGACGAGAAGGUGGAGAUGAUGCUCAAUCCCCGGUGCAGUCUUGGCCUGCGUCCUCUCAUGGUGGCCUUGCGGUUCAUCGUGGAGCUGCAGCUUCUCUCUUGGGUCCAGUUCCAGAACUACGAGUGUGGAGUCGCUCCAUCACGAAAGAUGUUGCUUGAUCAUGCUCAGUCUUGUGUGCCCAAGGAUCUGCCUCCAUCCCUCACUGCCCGAUUGCUCCGCCCUUUCAAAACUGCUCGCAGCCAGCGCAAGGCCUUGGCUGCUUUCAGAAUGAAGCAUCGGUGCAAACUUGGAAAAUUGCGGUCGGAGGCUCCCAUCCCACUAGCUGAGAAGCAGGACAAGGCUCUGGCGUUCUACCAGUGGUGCAACUAUUGGCAAGCGAACACAGAGCGCGAGCCCUUGCUCAUCAACAUGGAUGAGUCAAGCCUUGCUUUUCAUUGGAGCGGCUUAGCUGGAACAGUUGCGGAGGCAGCAGUGAGUGUGGCGACAGACAAGGCGAAGCUCAGCAGCCGAAGGGCGCGGGUGACGUACCUUUGUUGCAUCACGCACGACAGCACAGUGCAACCGUUGCUCCCGCAAGUGUUGCUGGGCAAUUCUCGGUCCUUCCCCUUAGAGUUUGUGAAGCAGGCUGCAGAAGUUGAACCGGGCAUUACUGUUUGGCGGGAAAAAUCCGCUUGGAACUCACACAGGUUGAUGCGGAAGUUCCUCCGGUUGCUGUGUGCCCGUUUGGGCGACUUGUUGAAGACGCGCAGCGUGGGCUUAUUGCUCGAUUUCGCUCCGUGCCAUGUGCAUGAUUCGAUUUUUGAAUUGGCCCGAAGCGCGGGGCUGCGCUUGUUGUUUGUCCCCCCUGGCAUGACGCCACUCCUGCAGCCUUGUGACACCCACUGCUUUGCAGCCUUCAAAAAUAACGCCCAAGAGAAUUGGAGGGCGAAGAAGAGUGAAGCUGGUGGGCAUCCAACUCUGUUGAUGUGGUUCCAAGCUGUGGCAGCUGCAGUCCAUGACCUUGUUCAUAGAAGUUGGGCUCGGGCCUUUGAGAGUGAUGGAAUUCUGCAGCAACAGCGGAACAUGUCAAGUCAUUUGUUGAAGCAGCUACACUGGAGUACCGCGCCCCAGGUCCCGCCAGUGUGGCCCAGCGAGGAGGUGGCCGCCAAGAUGUUGUCGAAGGCAGACCUGGAGCUGUUGAUUCGGGCCAAACAGGUUCGAUGCGUGGAGUGGUUGGCCUUGGAAGCGGUCGUCAGCUCAGUAUUGUUGACGGGUGCUAGGCGAGUCUACCAGAAAGACGUGGUCCAGAAGCUUAUCGCUAACCGGGCGCCAUUCCGUGCAACCUCAGACCCCAUGUUCUCCAACCUGCCUGCCUUCCGCCGGCAAUUUGAGUUUGCCUGUGAGAUCUUAGACAACAUCAACGACUGGGCAUUCAUCCUAGAGCACCGCGCCUUGCUACAGGCUAACACAGACUUCCACAAGCUGGGUGAAUCUCAAACCGGAGUCUUUUCGUACACCGUUUUUCUGUGGGCCACGCCCGUGGCUAUAACCUUGGACUUGGAUGUGGAUUCCCAAAGCGCUUUUGAGUGCAGCGAUUGGUUGCGGGCAAAUGUCCUCCUGGAUGUUCUGAAGCCAGGGGAUAAAACGUUCCUCGAAGAGGGGCGGCCCAAGCUCCGGAUGUCUGACAUGCCCGAGUUGCAACUGGACAUAGCUUUGUAA